CUUCUCUCCGCACUAAUAGACUCUGAUGAUGUCAUCACGCGAGACGAGCAGAUUUACCUCCUGAUUGGUCCCCGUGCCAAGUGUGAGAGGAUAAUCCAUUCACAGCUGGCCAUAGUCAAAGAAGGUGACUGUGUACCAGAGUGGGAUGGGAUUAUCUGCUGGCCCAGAGGGAAGCCUAGUCAGCUGGUCUCGGUGCUAUGUCCAGAGUACAUCUACGACUUCAACCACAGAGGUCAGGCCUAUCGUCAGUGUGAUGCCUCAGGGAACUGGGAGCAGGUGCCUAGCAUCAACCGCACCUGGGCCAACUACACUGAGUGUACCACCUAUCUGUUGUCCAGUCAUAGAAGCCAGGAGGAGGUGUUUGAGCGGCUACACUUGAUGUACACCAUUGGUUACUCCAUCUCUCUGGUAUCCCUACUUGUGGCUGUCUCCAUUCUCUGCUACUUCAAGCGUCUCCACUGCACACGGAACUACAUCCACAUUCACCUAUUCACCUCCUUUGUGUGUCGGGCCAUCAGUAUCUUUGUGAAGGAUGCUGUCCUCUACGCCAUGUCUGACGACGGAAAGACUGAAACGGAGGACUUGGCAGAGAGACCCCAUAUGGUGGGCUGUAAGGUGGCCGUUACUCUCUUCCUGUAUUUCCUGGCGACCAAUCACUACUGGAUCCUGGUGGAGGGGCUGUACCUGCACAGCCUCAUCUUCAUGGCCUUCCUCUCAGACAAGAACUACCUGUGGGCACUCACCAUCAUCGGCUGGGGUGUCCCUGCAGUGUUUGUGUCCAUUUGGGUCAGUGCGCGAGCAUCACUGGCGGACACUCAGUGCUGGGACAUCAGUGCGGGAAAUCUGAAGUGGAUCUAUCAAGUCCCGAUUCUUGCAGCCAUUGUAGUGAACUUCUUCCUGUUCCUCAACAUCAUACGAGUGUUGGCCUCUAAGCUAUGGGAGACCAACACAGGCAAACUGGACCCCCGUCAGCAGUACAGGAAGCUGUUGAAAUCCACCCUUGUCCUGAUGCCCUUGUUUGGAGUGCACUACAUGGUGUUUAUGGCUCUACCCUACACUGAGGUUACGGGCCUGCUGUGGCAGGUGCAGAUGCACUACGAGAUGUUCUUCAACUCUUCCCAGGGAUUCUUUGUGGCAUUCAUCUACUGUUUCUGCAAUGGGGAGGUGCAGGCGGAGGUAAAGAAGGCGUGGCUACGGCGGAGCCUGGCCCUGGACCUUAAACAGAAGACCCGGGUGACCAGCAGCGGGGGCAGCUGCUACUACGGCGGCAUGAUGUCACACACCACAACCCACAGUGUGAGUCUGACUGUGGCCAAUCCCAGAGGAAUGUCGCUGAAUGGGGCCUCCGGGGUGGGAGGAGCCGGGGGAAGCAACGGGGGAGGGGGAAGCAGGCAGCCACGCCUCCUCACCUCUUCCUUCCACCCCCUCACCAACCUGCCAGGUUACGUGCCCAGCGACACGGAGACCCCCAGGCAGGAACUUGUCAUUAGGAGGCCGGGGGUGGGUGCUGGUGCUGGAGCUGGGGCCGGUGUAGGCACCUUUCCCAGGCACCCCAGGGCUGCUAACGAGGGGAUCCAAGGGGGUGGUGGUGGAGCCAAGACAGAGACUGCAGCCUCUGCGCCCCAGUGGUUGGGAGACGAGGAGCCCUGCUGCUCUUUGUCUCUAAAGGAACUAGAGACCAUCUUGUGAACUGGAACUGUCAGAUCUAUGGCGUC